AUGACCGAAAGGCACAAUACGCCCUUUCAAAGGGUUAUCAAAGUGACGGUUUUCCACUAUCAACAUGGAGGGGCAAUGGGGCUUCUUGGCUCCGUGGUGCCAGGUGCUUCAGGGCGAGGUGAACUACAUGGGCAGCGACGCCUGCACCCCAGUGAGGAAUAUCGGGAAGCGCUGCAGCGGAUCGCUGCCCUGGACAAGAAUCCGAUCUGUGAAACAUCCGGCUUUGACUUUGACGUUCCUGUGCGCGUGGACUUUGGACUCCCCGAAGAUGCUGAUGUCAUAAAGGAACUGAUCGACGUUGGACUUGCGGAGAAAAUCUACGUUGAAUCCGAUGAGAAUCAACCUGUAGCAAGUGGAGAGUGGAGAUGCACUUUCGUUAUGGACCGGGCGAUUGUAAACCUGAUAGGCCACGACAUGACCCCGGCGGUGGGCCCGGCGAUUAAAACCCUGUUGCACCAGAAUGCGUGGUUUUCCAUGAUGUCGCUGGACUUUCAGAGCCAGCUGAUGGCGUCAGCGCAGUGCUACGGCCAGGUCUUUUCAAGUGUAUUUGGUGGCACUCGCCGGUCGCUGCAGCUCGCGAAUACAAGCUGCCACCCCGCGAUAUGCUCCGCAAUGACGCACAAUCAGAUGUCAAAGAACCUAGUGCUGCGGCUCUGGAUGAGCACCCACAGCCCGGGCAGAAACAAAGAGUACUGGAAGUGGCUCGCUUAUGCGCUCUUCUCCAAGCGGGCUAGUUCGUCAGUGGAAUCGUUGGCGCUGAUGAAAGUUUGCAGCAUGGGUUUGUCAGAUAUGGAGGCAUUUACGUCCAUACUAAGAUCCGAACACCCAGAAGAAGUUAUUUGGCGUGUCGCCUGGCCUCGUGAAGUCGAGAAAAGCGACACUAAACGCGGGCACACUGGUUCGAUCAUUCGACGCGAUGUCCGAACUGUCAGUGACGACGGCAGUAGCAGCUGGAUUGACUGUAUCGUUCCCGGUUACGGUCGAUGCCAAGUACAACGGUGCGAUUUAGUGCUUGACGGUGAUGGUGGAGAUGACGACACACCGGCUGGAGGUGAAGCUAUAUCGUCGCUCAGACUUGAGUUCAACAAGCAGACCCCCUCGAUUUCCGACGGAAUGAUGCAUUUAUUUGCUGCUAUUGGAUCUUCACUAAGAUAUCUGACCCUGGAUGUACCAAGAAGAGAGCUUUUCAUGAUACUCCGGCACUGUCCAAACCUGGAGGAAUUAUCACUGUGCGGUGGGGUGGUCGAUGCGCGAUUCAACUUCAGCGACUACCAUGAAAAGGGGGAAGCGCUACCAGAACUCAGCGCCAACUGGGAUUCCAUCUCAGCGGUUGCAACAGUCCUAGCAAACAACGACAACUCCCUAACCAAGUGUACGCGUCGGGUCCGAGUUCGCUUCAUGGAUUCCACAGACGAAGUUGGUACGUCCGUGGAUUUACGAGAACACGAACGCCGGACAAACAAAUUCCUGGAAUAUCUCGAAGUGGCCGUUGCUCCUGCUUACGAGCAGCACCUGCCGAGUUUCAGAAACCACCACCUUGAGCCAAUAUGGCGCGCACUCAACCCGUUGCCACUGAGGAGCAAACUGGCUUUCCUCAGUCUUUGUACUUGGUCACUGGGGUCUAAACCCUCACUUGCGAGACCAAAACGACCUCGAACCCAAUCACCAACUGACCCAACGAGCCCGCUGAACCCGCACCCGAUCCUGUUCUCCGGGAAGUCUACUUUCGCAAGUCCCACCGGAUCAAAUCGGAACUGA